GUGAUUGGUAACGUCAGAUCUUACUCUAAGCUUAUUGGCCGUAAUGACAAGAAGUUGAUCCAUAUUAUGCAGUACACGAUGUGAAGACGCACCUGGAGUAACAGUGCAACUUGCGACUCCACACAUAUAUUCCGGACACAGGCCAUUCGACGUCUUCAUCCCUACAAGCUAUUCUCAGACCUAUCAUGCCUCCCAAACUCCCCAGCACCGGCAGCACAGGCUACAUCGGCGGCUCCGUCCUGCACACCCUCGCAACCGCCCACCCCGACUGGCCCAUCACCGUGCUCCUCCGCAGCGUCCCCCCGACCUUCACCUCCACCUACCCCUCCAUCACCAUCAUCCGCGGCGACUACGACGCCACCGAAACCCUCUCCACUGCCGCCUCCAACGCCGACAUCGUCGUGCACUGCGGCAACUCCGACCACGAACCCAGCCUCGCCGCGCUGCUCGCCGGUCUACGGCGCAAAACCACGCCCGCGCACCUCAUCCACCUCUCCGGCACGGGUCUCGUGAGCGACUGGGCCUCGCCGGACUUCCUGGGCACCCUGAACCCGCGCGUAUGGUCCGACGUCGCGCCCGCUGAUCUGCAGGACAUACGCAGCCUGCCCGACACCGCGCUGCACCGCGGGACGGAGAAGAUGCUGCACGCGGCCGCGCGGGAGGGCGGGAACGUGCGCGUGUGUGUCAUGUGUCCGCCGGAUAUCUACGGGCGCGGGAAGGGGCUGGGGCGGACGCGCAGCGCGCUUGUGCCGUUUUUCGUCGCGGAGGCGCGGAAGCGCGGGGGUGUGUUUUAUGUUGGCGACGGGGGGAACGCGCGGAGUUGGGUCCAUGUGGAGGAUUUGAUGAGGCUGUAUUUGCGUGUUGUGGAGGCGGCUGCGGGUGGGGAUGCGGAGGUGGAGAAGCAGUGCUUUGGAGAGAAUGGGUACUUCUUUGCGGGGACGCAGGAGCAUUCGCACAUCGAGAUUGCGAGGGCGGUGGGCGAGGUGUUGGCGAGACAGGGUGUUGUGGAGGAUCAGAAGCCGGUCCAGAUCGGAACUGAGGAACUCGACGGGAUGGCUAAUAUCCCGAAUUUUCCCAAGCUGGCGAGGUAUCUGUUUGCGAGUAAUUCGCGGACGAAGGCUGAGAGGGCAGAGAAGCUAUGGGAGUAUAAAGGUGAGGCACCGGGCUUGAUGGAAUGUCUUGAGGACGACGUUGUGGAUUGCCUUGAAAACGGUGGCAGGUGAGGUAUCUGUUGUGCUUGAUGAGUGAGCCAGGGGACGUCGAAGACUGGAUGUUCUCACUAGUAACAUAGGAAUAGCAUGAACAUUAUUCUAUAACACAGA